CAAUAACCGUUGUCAAGGAAAUGCGUCCUGAGUCGUCUGACGAUGGCUGCGCCGUUCACAAACAGACAGAGAUGAGUGAUGUCGAGCCUCCGGCAGGAGAGAGACUCCCUGGUUGAGGAGCAGAAGGUGCACCGAGAGCAAGCUCGCAGAUGUGUGCAGGAGACGAACCGCAGAUGCAGGGAUCUGAGGGAGAAACAGAGGUUGUGGGUACUGCAGGAGCAACGGCGGCGUGAAGAAGUCCUGCAGCAACGCCGGCAGAAGAUCCAAGAUGCCACUGAGCAGUUUCAGAGGGCUUACAUGCCUCCCUCUCACAGGCCGACCCAAUGCGAGCGCCUCAGUUUGGAAAGAGACUGUCCACAUUUGGACGAUGCCCUCAGUCAAAUCAGGGGCCCCAGACUGGCAGCUAACGUCAACAGUCAAUCAGGCAGCGUCCCCACUUCCAAAGCCGCCACCGCGUUGUCAGAAUCCCCGCUUCGCCCCACGCCCACUCUGGCGCAGACGUGCGCGGGACAUCGGGAGCACAGCCCUUGUGUCAGGAGGUGGCAGGAGAUUCCAAAGAGGCAGGAGGAGAUUCCGAAGAGGCAAGAGAAGCAACUGGAGCACAGUGGACAGGACGACAACGUCUCCUGUUGCUCCAAGUCCGACAGUUUGUCCAGUCAGGACAGCCUGGAGAACGAGGAACCCUUCAAGAGCGCCGUCCUGCACUACUCGGAAAAGCCCGUCCAAGAUCUCAAAUGCCCCAACGACACGUGUCCUCCGUUGUCAGCGGCCGGGGGCCCCGCCCUCGUCGCCGUCAAGCCGCACAUUCACAGGCUCCCCGCCGACCUCAACUACAACCUGCCCACCCAGAAGGAAACCUGCGCCUCUGUAAAUAACCUCAACAAGUUCUCAGCCGACGUCGGCGUGUGGAAGCACAUGAAUACGGGAAGCCCAAAGUGCCACCUGAGUCAAGAAUCAUCCAGCGGGUCAAAGGCCUCAUCGCCCGCGGCCUGCAGAGUCCAGUUCACAAAAGGCAUCCUUAAAACCGUGCCCGGCGAAACGCCGGCAGAAUCGCCGCGGACUCACGGCAACGCCGUCAAACCCGUUCAGUUUUUGGUGUGCGACAGCAUCGAAGUGGCCAAAGCCAGGUCCAAGGCUGCCGAAUACAAGAACGCCUCCAAGAAGCUGCGCUGGCUGGACGAGGAGGCGGGCGAACCCGAAGGCCCGCGACUGAGAGACGGUCACUCGCAGACGUGGGCAGAUGUCGGGAUUCAAGUCGGCACCGACACGGUGGCGCCGCACAUCCCUCGCGGGGACUACUCGGCCCGGGUCGGGGCGGGUCUGCUUUCCUCGGGCUUUGUCGCCCAAUCCCCGGUCCCGGUAGCCAGGAUCCGGGGGGAGUUACAGAGCACAUUGAAGCAAGGGGGCCCCACAAGGGGCCCACACGGCAGCGACCAGGUUGUUCGUGUCAGCCAUCCGCUCGCUCCUCCGCCUCCUGAGGAGGUGACGCACAAGGACACGCAACGACUUAUGACGGGCGACGGCGCCGUCAUCAACGCUCGCCUGCUGCCCUCAUUUAGCCGCCCCACCCCCGACGGCAGCUGGAAGGGCUCGCCCGCUUUCGGUCAUCCACAGACGCCGGCGGGCGGCGGCAGAGGGCGGGGGGCGACGUCAGGAGAAAAAGUAUUGGACCGCACCCCCACCGACGAGGAAAUCUAUCAGCUGUGCCAGGAUGUCCGCAACGCCUUCAUCAGCACCGCGGGACCGCAACCGGACACAUCAUUAGGCACACCCGCACAGCACAAAGGCGGGGCCCCCCGAUGUCAGGCUUCGACGAGCGGGCGAGCCACGAACAAAUCCGGUGCGGAUCAGAACCGACGGCCUUCUGGUUCAACCAAUAAGAAACCUCCUGAGUUCUUUAAGGUCACAUGUCUCCAAGCUACGAAUCCGGUCGGGCCGUCUCCCAAAGGGUACUCCUCAGACCACCCGAACAAAGGUGUGAAAACCGCCAGCCAGCGCCGUCCGACCGACAUGUACGCUUACGGCCCGCCGGAGGAACGUGGCGGCAAAGCGCACAGGACCACCUCGCAGCAGUACCAGCAACAGUACCUGCGCAGGCACCCGGCGCCCACGUCCAUCUCCGUUGAAGAGCAGAGAAUCUUUCAGUCCCUGGACCGGCUCAACUGCCAGCUGUACCGCAAAGGGGGCUUACAUUGACCCACCGGCACCUGGACCGAAGUCUUCCCAAUCCCUGCAAGAAGGCAGCCGAAUGGCGCGACGUAGCGCUUAGCUUCCAGGUGAACAAGCGUGUGCCUCGUGAAGGAACGUGAAUAAUCAGGAGGGCAAGCAUUCCUUGCGCAUGAACUUUGGAAGUUCAAGCCGUCACUUGGCGGCAGUGAGGAUCAUCCCUCAUUAAAAAAAAACAAAACUGGAUUUACACUACAGGUCCAAGUGCCUCAUUCCGAUUUAACGCCUGUUUCCAGCUCGCUAACCUCAGUAGCACUACGUCACAUUAUUUUUUUUUUAUUCUACAUGACUCGUGUGAAAAUCCUCUCUGGCGGAAACCUACACUUUAAGUGAUCAUCGAUCAUUAAUAUUCACAGUGGAUAUCAAAAGUCUACACACCCUUGUUCAAAUGUUCAAUGGCAGUCAUCCUAAAAUGCGAUUGCAACAACACAUGAAAGUUCCCAAAGGAAUCAUGCAGGGAUUUUUUUUUUCUUGUGUUCCAAACAGCGGUUUAGUGUGACGACACCAUCUCCAGGUUGCUGCUGGAAAGUGAAAAAACUGUUGGGAACAGCCUAAUA